UCCAUCAUGAGCUAUAAAAAAAAACAAUGUCAUAAAAGAUAAGGAUUUAAAGCCCCACCUUUCAUUUCCCUCCCUUCACCACUGAACGAGCAAAGUUUAGACACUCUUUUAACAUUUUCUAACUCUCUAAGUACUACUCUUUUGAGGUCUUUUUGGCUCUUCAGGCUUCAAAGGAAAAGCAAGGGAUGAAGAACUUAUUUUAGCUGCAGACUAAUAGCUCGACUUUUGUAAUUCAAGUCAAUAUGACGCCAGUAAUGCCAUAUUCUAUAAGCAAUAUUUCACUUAUUCCUGGAACUGUGUUUGCAACAAGGAAGAACAAUUGUUUGACAAGAUCCAGUUUGGCAAGGAAACCUACAAAACUUACACCAUCUCCCCAGAAGUGUCUGUUACCUCUGUCAACUUCUAUUAAAUUGUUCCCUCAGUAUAGUAGGGGAUGCUCUUUACAUCAUAUAUCUAGAAUCCAUAGAUUAUCAGCCACAGGAACUGAUGUGGCAGUGGAGGCAGAUUCACCUAUUGCAGAUGAAGAUUCCUCAGGAGCAUCAGAAGAUCCAUCCGGUGGAGUUGGAGGUAGUGAAAAAUUGUCCAAUAAACCAGAUGCCAGUCCUACUUCAAUUAUGUCCAGACGUUCAAGACCUGUUAGGAAAAGUGAGAUGCCGCCUGUAAAAGAUGAGGAACUGGUUCCUGGUGCAAGUUUUACUGGGAAAGUUAGAUCAAUCCAGCCAUUUGGUGCUUUUGUUGAUUUUGGAGCUUUCACUGAUGGGCUGGUGCAUGUUUCCAGGUUGAGUGAUAGCUAUGUUAAGGAUGUCAGAAGUAUUGUUUCUGUUGGUCAAGAGGUGAAGGUAAGAUUAGUUGAAGCAAACACUGAGACAGGACGAAUUUCUCUCACCAUGCGUGAAAGGGAUGAUGCUAGUAACCUGCGGCAACGGAAAGAUUCUCCUGCCAGUGGUGAUAAGGCUGGACCAGCCAAUAGGAAUUUUCCAAUGUCUAACCAGAGGAGGGAUGAGGUAAAAAAAAGCUCAAAGUUUGUCAAGGGGCAGGACCUAGAGGGCGCAGUGAAGAAUAUGACAAGGUCUGGUGCAUUUAUAUCUCUUCCUGAUGGGGAAGAAGGUUUCUUGCCCAUGUCAGAGGAAGUUGAUGAAGGAUUUGGAACUCUUAUGGGGAACUCUUCACUACAGGUUGGCCAAGAAGUCAGUGUCCGGGUGUUGCGUAUCUCAAGAGGGCGGGUAACCUUGACAAUGAAGAAAGAAGAAGAUAUUGCCAAGUUGGAUUCACAGCUCAACCAAGGGGUUGUCCAUGCUGCGACAAACCCUUUUGUGCUUGCUUUUCGUAAAAACAAGGAUAUUUCUAUGUUUUUGGAUGAGAGGGAGAAAUUAGUGAAAGCAACUGAAGCAAUAACAAAGACUUCAGAAAAAAUAGAAGAAAAAGUAAAUCAAAGCAAAAUCGGGUCUGAUGAAGUGCAGGAGCAGCAGGCCCAACCAGUAAGCAGCUAUGAGAGGAUGGUCAGUGUCCCUUCUACUGUGGAAGAAACAAUUGAAGAAGAUGAAGCUUCUUCAAAGGAGGCAGAUGUGGGAGCCACUGCGUUAGAUGAUGCCUCAACCAAUAUUGCAGACAAUGAGGACCCUGCCUCUAGCUCAACACAAAGUAUUGACAGUGCUGCCCAAACCAAAGAUAAAGAAGCAGAGUUGAGUGCAGAAAUUCUAGCUCCAGAAGAAAAUAUGUCUACUUCCAGUGAGAUAACUGAAGAGGCUUCCCCAACAGAUGGUUUGGAAAGUGAUGAAAAAUCUGAUUCGCUUGGUGAAAUAAAUGAUGAAGCUUCUUCAGUGGGGGUGGAUUUGGUAGCCAGCACAUUAGAUGUAACGUCAACCAAUGUUGCAGAUGAUGAAAAGAACUUGCAAAGCACUAUCUCUAGCUCAAUGCCAACACUGGAUGGUGCCGUUCAAACCAUAGAGAAAGAAGCAGAGGUGAGUUCUGAAAUUUCAGCUCCUGAAGGGAGUGUAUCUACAUUCAAUAAGAUAACUGAAGAGGCUUCCCAAACAGAUGGAUUGAAAAGUGAUGAAAAAUCUGAUUCGCUUGGUGAAAUAAAUGAUGAAGCUUCUUCAACGGAGGUGGAUGUGGUAGCCAGAACAUUAGAUCAUACAUCAACUGAUGUUUCAGAUGAUGAAAAGAACCUGCAAAGCACUAUCCCUGGCUCAACACGAACUCUGGAUAACGCCGUUCAAACCAUAGAGAAAGAAGCAGAGGUGACUUCUGAAAUUUCAGCUCCUGAAGGGAGUGUAUCUACUGCAAAUCAGAUAAUUGAGCAGGCAAUUACAACAGAUGGACUAGAAAUUGAAGUAAAAUCCGAGUCAUCUGAUGAAAUAUCUGAUCAAAUCUUGUCUUCAGAAAUUCCAGCCGCAGUAGACAUUAUAGAGGGUCAAGCUGAUGUUGCAGUAGUGAAUCAUGAACUCCAGAUACAAGCACCUAGUGCGGAGAAUGAACUUCCUUCUGGUGCACCAACUGAAGAUAAUGAGGUUGGACCCAACCCUGAUAAAAAUGGAAGUAUAACCAGCUCAGGUUUACAACCAGAUGCUCCUACCCAGGAAACCAAAGACGGAGAGGAAAAUGAUGAAAGUUCUGAUCCAUCUGGAAAAUUAGCUGAUGAUCAAGUUAUCUCUUCAGGAAGUCAAGCAAUCAAAGAAGUUGUAGAGAGCUCUGUUGACAGUACCAAUGAUGCCAUGCAGAAUCAAAAACCUGCUGCAGAGAGUGAAAUUCCUUCUGCCUCACAAGUUGAAGAUGACAAUGUGGAAGCUGCCCCUGAGAAAAAUGGCAGCAUGACUAAUUCAAAUGGACACAAUGGUAGUUCUUCCCCCAAGGAAAGCAUAACUAAAGCUGCUAUAUCACCAGCUCUUGUGAAGCAGCUGCGUGAAGAAACAGGAGCUGGAAUGAUGGAUUGCAAGAAAGCUCUCUCAAAGACUGGAGGGGACGUUGUUAAAGCUCAGGAAUUCCUUAGAAAGAAAGGCUUAGCAAGUGCAGAAAAGAAAGCCAGCAGAGCCACUGCUGAAGGAAGGAUAGGUUCCUACAUUCAUGAUAGCAGGAUUGGUGUCUUGGUAGAGGUAAACUGUGAGACAGAUUUUGUUUCUCGCGGUGACAUUUUUAAGGAGCUGGUAGAUGAUCUAGCCAUGCAAGUGGCUGCAUGCCCUCAAGUACAGUAUCUUGUUACAGAAGAUGUUCCAAAAGAAAUUGUGAACAAGGAAAGAGAGAUUGAGAUGCAGAAGGAAGAUCUAUUGUCAAAGCCAGAGCAAAUCAGAUCAAAGAUUGUUGAAGGGCGAAUCAGGAAGAGGCUCGAGGAACUGGCAUUGCUUGAGCAGCCAUACAUAAAGAAUGAUAAGAUGGUGGUAAAGGACUGGGUGAAGCAGACCAUUGCAACCAUUGGAGAAAAUAUAAAAGUGACAAGGUUUGUGCGGUACAAUCUUGGAGAGGGCUUGGAAAAAAAAAGCCAGGAUUUUGCUGCUGAGGUGGCAGCCCAAACUGCAGCAAAAGCAGAGCCCAAAGCAGAAAAAGAGCAGCCUGCUCCAGUGGAAGCCAAGGAAACUGUUCAAAAGCAACCAACAGUAACAGUCUCUGCCACAUUGGUCAAACAACUACGAGAAGAAACUGGAGCAGGGAUGAUGGACUGCAAGAAAGCUCUUUCUGAAACUGGAGGGGAUCUUGAGAAGGCACAGGAAUACCUUAGAAAGAAGGGUCUUUCAGCUGCUGACAAGAAAUCUAGCAGGCUUGCAGCUGAAGGCAGAAUAGGGUCCUACAUUCAUGAUGCCCGCAUAGGAGUUCUUAUUGAAGUGAACAGCGAGACUGACUUUGUUGGUAGAAGUGAAAAAUUCAAGGAGUUGGUUGAUGAUUUGGCAAUGCAAAUUGUGGCCUGCCCACAAGUGCAGUUCGUAUCCAUUGAAGAUAUUCCUAAGAGUAUUGUGAACAAGGAAAAAGAGCUUGAAAUGCAAAGAGAGGACCUCCUAUCAAAACCCGAGAACAUUAGAGAGAAAAUUGUUGAGGGGAGGAUCUCAAAGAGGCUUGGGGAGCUUGCUCUUCUUGAGCAGCCUUUCAUUAAGAAUGAUGGUAUUUUGGUGAAGGACUUGGUGAAACAAACUGUAGCUGAAAUUGGGGAGAACAUAAAAGUUAGGAGGUUUGUUCGGUUCACUCUCGGGGAAAAAGUUGAAGAAAAUGCAAAAGCAGCAACUGAAGCAUGAGAAGAAUAAAAACACAUCAAUUUCAGCACAACCAGAUGUGGGAAGCCCGUGGAACAUGGUGCGUUAGCAAGCACAAAGAUAUCGAGGCUAAGACUAAUUUUAGAUGAGAGUUGUCUGAUUCUUUUUGUUAUGAUUAAUGUUGCAUACGCAGAUGGCACCUAUGUAUGUGUUAUAUGAUCACGAAAGCUACUUUCGGCAUCUAUAUUUUGAGAUGAAAAGAGGCGCAUCUCUUAAUUUGUUCUUUGCAGUAUGAAAGUUGGAUAUACAAUUCUGUGGAGGCAUUUUUGAAUUACUAAAUAUAUAAGAUCAAGGCAUGGCAAAAUACCUUUUUAUUACCA